GAAAUAAACAAUAAAAUUGCCUACGACAAACAAAAGAUGAAAUCACAAACAGUUCUCAUCUCCAUAUUCAUCUUCUCUUUCUUUGCUCUACAUCAGUGCAUGCAGAUGGAUGUUGGAGAAAUAGAGGGCUCGAACAAGAUCUCUAUUGGAAAGUGUGUCCCUGCCCAAUGUUCAGUUAGUUUUUUCAAACGGGAUUGUUGGUGUUGUUUUAGAGAUCAAAGUAUGUGUUCGAAAACCCAAAAAGAAUGUGAAUCCAAUCCCCGUUGUCCUCCUUUAAAGUUUUAAACUUUUUGAAAAUUAAUGUACUGCUAUGAAAUUUACAACUUUAUAAUGUUUUACUCAAUGUAAGAACGCUCUAUAUAACCUGACUACACUACCUGGCAAUGUACGAC